UUCUGUUUUACAUCCCAAUAUCCCUAAUUUCCAAGGGGACCCCCCUUCCCCUGCAAAUCAACUUUUUUUGUUUUAGUUUUAAUCUUCAGUUAAACACAAACCAACGUUUAAUGAUAAAAAACGUUAAAUGUACGUUGAGACAGUUUCCGCGAGUUUCUCUCAUCCAUUACACCACCAGAUGUUGUUUUCCCUCUCCAUAUUCUUCCUGCCGUGUCCUGAUCUUGUUGGAUUCGGGAUUUUUUUCAUGAAAAAAACAUACCCACUUGCUUUUAUUACCUGCGAUUCUCGAGUUCCUUCUCCAACAGAUCUGAGUCUCUGUAAAGAUAUUUAUUGCAGGGAAAAGGAUCUUCUUUCUGGAUAAUCUGCGCUGUUCAUUUAUUCCAUUGGACUGCCAAAGUUGCUAUAUUUGGCUUAGUUUAAUGAAAACUUCCAUCAAUGUGGUCUGAUUGGGAUAGAGUGGAUGGAUGUAUGUGAAUCAGAGCAAGCAUUACGGAAACAUAGAACUGGGGAGAGCCCAAGACACCCUUUGUCCCCAGCUGAAAAGAACAAUGCAUUCACUACAAGGCGGUCCGGAACUAGGGAAGUUAGUUCAAGGUAUAAGUCACCUACUCCGGCACCUCCAUCUGGUCUUCGUCGGUGCCCAUCUCCAUCUGGUCCCCGGCGAUGUCCAUCUCCAAACAGCUUCACAAGAACAACUGCACCAUCUAAAUUGUUACCCAAGAGAGCUCAAUCAGCUGAGAGGAAUCGGCCUGCAACCCCUCCUUCUCCAAAAAGUCCUUCUACGCCCGUCCAGGACGAUGUGCAUUUAUCCAAAAGGGUAGCUAGUAGCCGUUUGCCAGAGACUCUAUGGCCUUCCACAAUGCGAAGUUUGAGUGUUUCUUUUCAGUCAGAUACCAUUUCGAUACCUGUGAGCAAGAAAGAGAGGCCUGUUACUAGUGCUUCUGAUCGUACUCUACGGCCAACUUCAAACGUGGCACACAAGCAGGUUGAAACAAAAAAUACACGUAAGCCUACGCCGGAGAGAAGGAGGAGUCCUCUUAAAGGGAAGAAUGUCUCUGAUCAAUCUGAGAACUCAAAACCAGUUGAUGGUUCGCAUUCUCGGUUGAUAGAUCAGCAUCGGUGGCCAGGUAGAAUGGGUGGGAAGGUAUCUUCUAAUCCCUUAAAUAGAAGUGUUGAUCAUUCAGAUAAGAUAACCAGAAUGUUGAACAGUUCUGUUCCAGGAACUGGUGUAUCUUCACUUAGAAGAUUGUCUUUACCAGGUGAUGCAAGUAGGCCCUUGCAGAAAACUUCUACUGAUGUUGCAAGGCUAUUGUCACUUGUUGAAAAUGGUAGAAUAGGAAGCGAAGUGAAAUCAUUUGAUGACAGCUUCCAUGUACUAAGACCUCUCAAAUCUGUUCCUGCCACUUCAUCAGAUAAAACAGGAUUAGCAUUUACUGGAGUCAGAUCUCAAGCCUUGAUAUCUCCAAGGUCACGUCCCGCCUCACCUAGUAGGACCACAACGGUAUCUCCUUCUAUUUCAAGAGGCGUCAGUCCAUCUCGGUCAAGGCCAUCUACUCCUCCUAGAGGGGUUAGUCCAAGUCGAAUAAGGGCAACCGGUUCGUCCAACCAAUCCAACGAUUCAAUUUCAGUUCUUAGCUUUAUUGCCGAUUUUAAAAAAGGGAAAAAAGGUGCAGCCUACAUCGAAGAUGCUCACCAAUUAAGACUUCUCUAUAACAGAUACUUGCAAUGGAGGUUUGCCAAUGCGAGAGCGGAGGAUGCAUUUUAUGUCCAAAAUGCAAUUGUUGAGAAAACUUUGUAUAAUGUAUGGAGCACUACUAUGUCUAUGUGGGAGUCAAUUACUAGGAAGAGGAUCUAUCUCCAGCAGCUGCAGCUUGAGCUGAAGCUGAAUUCUAUUAUGAAUGAUCAAAUGACCUACCUUGAUGAUUGGGCCACUCUUGAAAACAGUCAUGUUGAUGCUCUAUCUGGGGCUGUAGAAGACUUGGAGGCAAACACUCUUCGUCUUCCACUGACUGGAGGGGCAAAGGCAGAUAUUGAGCACUUGAAGGUUGCUAUCUGUUCAGCUGUGGAUGUCAUGCAAGCUAUGGGCUCUGCAAUCCGCCCUUUGCUCUCACGGGUGGAAGGCAUGAAUAACUUGAUUUCUGAAGUUGCUAUCGUAACAGCACAGGAGAAAGCCAUGCUUGAUGAAUGUGAAGCGCUACUGGCUUUUUCAGCGUCUAUGCAGGUUGAGGAAUAUAGCCUUCGAACGCAUCAGAUGCAAAUCAAGCAAGCGUUGGAGGUAAAAAAGUAACCAGUCUCAGAAAUUUAGACACACACGAGCCUGACCUGCUGCCAAGCUAACGAGAAAUAGUCUCUUGCGGCUGCACCCAAAGUGCUAGUAUUAGUAUGUAAAUCUUUUAAAUAGGUUUUUUUUUUCCUUCCUCUCUUCCCUCAUAUAUGCUGGAAUUUAUAGUUCAAUUAUCAUCUUUUUCUUUCUAGUCAACACUGGUGACCCAAGCCUUCUUCCACUUGUAAUUUUGUAUCAGGCAAAUGAAAAGAAAAUGCAAAGCAUAGAAGCAAAAUAGUCCAUAUUUACAAUUUGCAUUUAUCUCA